AUGUACAUUUGGGAAUUCUUUUCUAACUUUAUACUUUUACACCUUGACUUGAAAAUCAAGUGUGUAGGAUGACUUAACAUCAGAUAUUUUGUUUUGCAGAAGGCCCUGUUUGCGUAAUUGCUUAGAUAAUUAUAGAAGCCAUGAUCCUAGUGAAAGAAAACUCUUAGCCAUCAGAACUGCAACAUUAGUGUGUUGCUCCUUGCUCCUUUUGUCUUCCAGGAAAAUUGAUGAUUAGUGUAAUCUAACAUGUAUUUCGCUGUUCUAGCAUCUACAUAUUAUGUUCACUUAGUUCAACCCUCAAAUAUUGUUUGCAAUUCUUAGCUCUGCUUGCAUAUUAGGUUUCUUUAAAAGUGUUAUUCCUAGCUCUGCAUGAGAUCUCUUUGUUUGUGAAAUUGUACCAGCUUGAUACGUGAUUAUCACAAAUAAUUGCCAAGAAUACUUAUUGUGUAAUCCAAACCGAUUUUCUGGUUGUUAUUGGCAAUGAUUUUUAUGUGCUAGGUUGGCCAUUUAAAGCUGAAAAUUAUGUUAUCAAACUUGGCAAUCAGAGCCUGAGACUAUGAGUGCGAAAAUAAGAUCUCAUUUUCCAAAAGUGGCAUUUUUUAAUCAGAGAAAUGAGAGGCAAGACGUGCUAGAAGCUAAGAUCUAGAGGGCACAGAGCUUUGGAGUCACUUCAGUGUUGUCAUUUUUUUAAACAAAUGAGCCCUAUUCUCUUGACCUUCUGUACACAUAAUGUAUUUUCCCACCCCGGUAGAGCUACACCUGUUCUCUUUGUAUUGGAACUUCAAUGUCUUAGGUGGUGGGGACAGAAUUUGUACCCUAAGCAAUUUUGAAAGGAAGAGAAGAAUGUCUGUGACCUUUCACCCAGUGAACCUUGGCCUUCUGAGCUUUUGUCAGCCAUGUUCCCUAUCUCCCCUAACUGUCUUCACCGUCUCCCAAGAGAACAGUACAUUGCAAUGGGAAUCCUGGAUUGUCAUGAACCUGUAUUCCGCUGUUAACAUUGGAAAGUGGGGAUGGUCCAUCCCUUUAUUUAUCAUUACCAUGGUGUGUGCUGGUACAGAGAACAAGCUGAGCUCUCUGUCUGAUCUAGAGCAGCAGUACCGAACAUUGCGCAAGUACUAUGAGAACUGUGAGGUCAUCAUGGGUAACCUAGAAAUCACCAGCAUUGAACACAACCGUGAUCUUUCCUUCCUAAGGUCUAUCCGGGAAGUCACGGGAUAUGUCCUGGUGGCUUUGAAUCAGUUUGAGUAUCUCCCAUUAGAGAACCUACGCAUCAUUCGUGGGACAAAACUCUACGAGGACCGAUAUGCCUUGGAGAUAUUUCUUAACUACAGAAAGGAUGGUAAUUUUGGACUCAGGGAACUUGGCCUGAAGAAUUUGACUGAAAUACUGAAUGGAGGGGUAUACGUUGGCCAGAACAAGUUUCUUUGCUACGCAGACACCAUUCAUUGGCAGGAUAUCGUGCGUAACCCCCGGGCUUCCAACUUCACUUUGGUGCCGACCAAUGGCAGCGCAGGAUGUGGACGAUGCCACAAGUCCUGCAGAGGCCGAUGUUGGGGACCUACAGAAAACCACUGCCAGAGCUUGACAAAGACAGUGUGUGCAGAGCAAUGUGAUGGACGAUGCUACGGGCCAUACGUCAGUGACUGCUGCCAUCGGGAAUGUGCUGGGGGCUGUUCUGGACCGAAAGACACUGACUGCUUUGCCUGCGUGAAUUUCAAUGACAGUGGCGCAUGCGUCACUCAGUGCCCCCAGACUUUUGUCUACAAUCCCACCACCUUCCAGCUGGAGCACAACCACAACGCCAAAUACACCUAUGGAGCUUUCUGUGUCAAGAAGUGCCCACAUAACUUUGUGGUAGAUUCCAGCUCUUGUGUGCGUGCAUGUCCCAGCUCCAAGAUGGAGGUUGAAGAAAAUGGUAUUAAGAUGUGCAAACCGUGCACUGACAUUUGUCCUAAAGCAUGUGACGGCAUUGGCACAGGCAGUUUGAUGUCCGCUCAGACCGUGGACUCCAGCAACAUCGACAAGUUCAUCAACUGUACCAAGAUCAACGGGAACCUGAUCUUUCUUGUCACUGGGAUUCAUGGGGACCCCUAUCACACAAUUGCAGCAAUGGACCCAGAGAAAUUAAAUAUCUUCCAAACAGUCCGAGAGAUAACAGGUUUCUUGAAUAUUCAGUCUUGGCCCCAAAACAUGACAGACUUCCGUGUGUUUUCGAAUUUGGUUACUAUAGGUGGAAGAGCCCUCUACAGCGGCCUUUCCUUGCUCAUCCUGAAGCAACAGGCAAUUACCUCUCUACAGUUCCAGUCCCUGAAGCAGAUCAGUGCUGGCAAUGUCUACAUAACAGACAAUACCAACCUGUGUUACUAUCACACAAUCAACUGGACCAGCCUUUUCAGCACAUCCACCCAAAAAACGGUGAUCCACCGAAACAAGAAGGCUGAGAACUGCAUGUACAGUCCUGCCAGAAGAGAAUAUGGAAAAUACAAACACCGCCAGAAAAAGAAGAAAAUGCAAACAACCAUUUGGGGGCCAUAA